AUGGUUCCUUGGAAAAUGUCGUGUCGAUGGAGUAUGGUGCUGGCAAUAUGGGUCCUCGCGGUGACGACAACAGUGUCUGCUCUUGAGUUAGACAUUCAUGAUUACGGAUCCGUCGCAAUCGCUGCAGCGACCACAGUUCGCAACAUGUUCAGUAAUUCUACCUCGCUAGACGGUUCCAUCAAUCCGAUGAACGUGGGGGAUGAAUGGAAAGAAAUCGACGACGAGAGAACCCUCUCAAGCGACGAGGGCGAGGCAUACAUAACCUUAAUCCGCUACUGGAACGCAACGGGAGACGUCCUAUACAACGACCUGAUCACCAAGCGAAUGGACAGUAAACGAGGCGUUGAGAACGACUAUCGACCGCGGAAAUCGAACGGAACCUGUCGCCAGGCCGUAUGGGGUUUGGCAGCCAUGACCGCGGCCGAGACAAACUUCCCGCAAGGAAAGUCCAUGCCUUCAUGGUUAUUUCUGGCCAAGCGAGUCUUUUCCACACUGAGCUACAUGUACGAUAAAAGCUUCUGCGAUGGCGGCAUUGUUUGUUCUUCCGAAGCACCAAACGAGAAAGACGCCUUGGCGAACGGAAUGUUUUUUCAGCUGGCUGCGCGAUUGGCGUAUGCUACCACCGAUGACUACGAACGGAAGAUAUAUACAGGAGCGGCAGUGAUGGCUUGGGAAUGGGGUGUCAAGACCCAGAUGCUGGAUGAAAACAAGUGGUCCGUGGCGAUGAGUGUAAAAAACACCACUGAAGGAGGAAGUACUUGCGCGCCCUCAACUCGCUCGGAGUGGAGUUAUAUGUAUGGCUUAUACCUUAGUGGCGCGGCAUACUUGUUGAAACUGAACGAGGGAUUGUCGUGGGAAGAAAGAGUGCCUAAUUUGUUAUACAGCGUACUCAACAAGUUCUUCAUCGACGACGUUAUGCGCGAACUUGGCCCACGGGGCGAUCUUGGAACCAAUGAAACAAUCGUUCCCGAAAUGCAGAGCCAGAUAGGAAUGCUCGCGUCAUCACUGGCAACCGUCGCAAAUUUGAUCCCAGAGACAGCCGAGUACAUUGCGCCAAGUCUUAGAAUUACAGCCACCGCCGCUGCGAAGCAAUGCAGCGGAUCAGAAAAUGGCACAGUUUGUGGCUCUGAAUGGACGAGCCCCAUAUAUGACCAGAACCCCAGCCUGGGAAACUCCAUGAGCGCAGUGAAUGUUUUUACAUCCGUCUUGACGCUCCCGGAAGCCCCGAAGAAAACGCUGGCCAACAAGGCGAUUGUGGGUAUUGCGGUAGGAUCAGGGGGUGGUGUCGUUUUGAUUGCAGCAGCCAUUUUUCUCGCUGUGCGUCGACACAAGAAGAACCGAGAGAAAACAGGUUCAGACACGGAAUAUUCACCAUGUCACUUUGAUCCGAGCCAAGAUACUUCGUGUAUCACACCCCACUCCAAUGGUGCUCUCGAGUCAACAUCCGAGCUUCCUACAAGUAAGGAAGGGGGCGCGCAGACACUUCGACACGAAUUGGACGGCAAUGAUAUACCUGUUGAGCAACACGAGGAUGCAAUUUCGCGAGAAAUCACGCCUCGUCCUGGAAACCGAUGA